AUGCUGUGCGGGCUGAGCCGGGAGACCCCUGGAGAGGCGGACGAUGGGCCGUAUUGCAAAGGUGGCAAGGACGCGGGAGGCCCUGAGGUGGCCCUGGCAUGCCGCCGACAGAGUAUCCCAGAGGAGUUCCGAGGGGUCAUCAUGGUGGAGCUGAUCAAGCGGGAGGGCAGCACCCUGGGCCUGACCAUCUCCGGAGGCACCGAUAAGGAUGGGAAGCCCAGGGUCUCCAACCUGAGGCCCGGGGGCCUCGCAGCCAGGAGCGACCUGCUGAACGUGGGGGACUACAUCCGGUCAGUGAACGGGAUCCACCUGACCAGGCUGCGGCACGACGAGAUCAUCACCCUGCUCAAAAACGUGGGCGAGCGCGUGGUGUUGGAGGUGGAGUAUGAGCUGCCCCCGCCCGCCCCCGAAAACAACCCCAAGAUCAUUUCCAAGACGGUGGACAUCUCACUGUACAAAGAGGGGAACAGCUUUGGCUUCGUCCUCAGAGGAGGUGCCCACGAAGACGUGCACAAGUCCCGCCCGCUCGUCCUGACCUACGUGCGUCCUGGUGGCCCAGCUGACAGGGAAGGUUCCUUAAAGGUGGGCGACAGGUUGCUCAGUGUUGACGGGAUCCCCCUGCACGGGGCCAGCCAUGCCACCGCCCUGGCCACCUUGCAGCAGUGCAGCCAGGAAGCUCUCUUCCAGGUGGAGUACGAUGUGGCCACCCCAGACACGGUGGCCAGUGCCCCGGGGCCCUUGGUGGUGGAAAUAGCCAAGACUCCGGGGUCCGCCCUGGGGAUCUCGCUGACCACGGGCUCCCACCGGAACAAGCCCGUCCUCACCAUCGACCGCAUCAAGCCAGCCAGCGUGGUGGACAGGAGCGGGGCCCUGCAUGCCGGAGACCACAUUCUGGCCAUCGACGGAACCAGCACGGAGCACUGUUCGCUGCAGGAGGCCACCAAGCUCCUGGCCAGUGUGUCCGAGAAGGUGCGGCUGGAGAUCUUCCCUGUGCCCCCGAGCCAGCGGCCCCUGAAGCCCUCGGAAGCAGUCAAGCUGCAGAGGAGCGAGCCACCCCACCACUGGGACCCCUGUGUGUCCUCCUGCCACAGCCCAAGGCCUGGCCACUGCAGGACGCCCACCUGGGCCACAGCUGGCAGCCAGGACCGGAGCCGAUCCUCGUCCUCUACACCCUUUUCCUCACCGACCAUGAACCAUGCCUUUUCCUGCACCAACCCCAGCACCCUGCCCCGCGGAUCCCAGCCCAUGAGCCCCAGGACCACCAUGGGGCGGAGGAGGCAGCGGAGGAGGGAGCACAGGAGUUCGCUAUCCCUGGCUUCCAGCACGGUGGGGCCAGGUGGGCAGAUCAUACACACAGAGACCACAGAGGUCAUACUCUGCGGAGAUCCCCUCAAUGGCUUCGGCCUGCAGCUCCAGGGCGGCUUCUUCGCCACUGAGACCCUGUCCUCUCCACCCUUGGUGCGCUUCAUUGAGCCCGACAGCCCAGCUGAGAGGUGUGGGCUGCUGCAGGUGGGGGACCGUGUCCUGUCCAUCAAUGGCAUCGCCACGGAACACGGGACCAUGGAGGAGGCCAACCAGCUCCUGAGGGACGCGGCGCUCACCCACAAGGUGGUGCUGGAGGUGGAGUUCGACGUGGCCGAGUCGGUCAUCCCGAGCAGCGGCACCUUCCAUGUGAAGCUGCCCAAGCGGCGUGGUGUGGAGCUGGGCAUCACCAUUAGCUCGGCCAGCAGGAAGCGAGGGGAGCCGCUGAUCAUCUCGGACAUCAAGAAGGGCAGCGCCGCACACAGGACGGGCACCCUGGAGCCGGGCGACAAGCUGCUGGCCAUCGACAACAUCCGUCUGGACAAUUGUCCCAUGGAGGACGCGGUGCAGAUCCUGCGACAGUGCGAGGACCUGGUGAAGCUGAAGAUCCGGAAAGACGAAGACAAUUCGGACGAGCAGGAGACCACGGGCGCCGUCAGCUACACGGUGGAGCUGAAGCGCUACGGGGGUCCUCUGGGCAUCACCAUCUCGGGCACAGAGGAGCCUUUUGACCCCAUUGUCAUCUCGGGCCUCACCAAGCGCGGGCUGGCGGAGAGGACUGGCGCCAUCCACGUGGGGGACCGCAUCCUGGCCAUCAACAGCGUCAGCCUCAAGGGCCGGCCCCUGAGCGAGGCCAUCCACCUCCUGCAGGUGGCUGGCGAGACUGUCACACUGAAGAUCAAGAAGCAGCUUGACCGUCCCCUCCUGCCCCACAAGCCGGGCAGCCUCAGUGAGGCCAGUGACGUGGACGAGGACCCACCGGACGCCAUCAAAGGAGGCCGAUUCCCAGCCCGGUUCUCGCCCACCGUGCCCAGCAUGGACAGUGCUGUCGAGUCCUGGGACAGCUCGGCCACGGAGGGUGGUGGCUUUGGGGGUCCAGGUUCCUACACCCCACAGGCGACGGUCCGGGGCGGCGUGACCCCCCAGGAGUGGAGGUCCAGCCGGCUCAGGGGCAGCCCGCCACCCAUCGAGCCCCGGAGAACGAGCUUCACCCCGGGCCUUGCCAACCAGAGCUUCCCUGAGGAGGAGGACUGGGAGCCACCCAUGAGCCCAGGGCCCGGCGCCCCCCGCGAGGAGGGCUUCUGGCGGGUGCUCGGGGAAGCCCUCGAAGACCUGGAGUCCUGCGGCCAGUCGGAGAUGCUGCGGGAGCUGGAGGCCUCCAUCAUGACGGGCUCCGUGCAGAGCGCGGCCCUGGAGGGCAGGCCUGGCCUCCGGGCCUGGAGGAGGGCCCGGGAGGUGCCAGGGUCCCCCGAAGAGCUGCAGGAGCUGCUGCGGCCCGCGCCCCUGGAGAUGCACAAGGUGACGCUGCACAAGGACCCCGUGCGGAACGACUUUGGUUUCAGCGUCUCAGACGGCCUCCUGGAGAAGGGGGUCUACGUGCACACGGUGCGCCCCGAAGGACCAGCCCAGCGUGGGGGCCUCCAGCCCUUUGACAGGGUCCUUCAGGUCAACCACGUCCGCACGCGGGACUUCGAUUGCUGCCUGGCGGUGCCACUCCUGGCCGAGGCGGGUGACGUCCUGGAACUGGUCAUCAGCCGCAACCCCCUGGCGCAGAGCAAGCGGUCAUCACGAGUGCCAGGCCCCGGCAGUCCCCAGAUGCUCUGAAGGUGGCCCUUGAUCCAGACACCCCACGGGCCAACGGUGGAGACCCCGUGGGCACCUGCUUGGCCGACCGGGACGGGACCUGGUCUCUGUCCCCAAGUUCCGUGUCAAUGGGGGGCACCAGGCAGCGAGGUCCCCGUCCUCCGUUCAGAGUGACAUCUGCGUGUUUGCCAAGUUGGUCACCAAGAUGCCCCAGGGGAGCCCUUCCCCAAAAGGGUGGGGACAGGAGGAGAGGGGCUGGGGCUUCUCAGGUCCCCGUGGGCCUCCGUGGACAGGUGACAGGGACGGGAAAGCCCGAGAAUGGGCUACCAGGGGCGCUGAGCUCGCUGUCACAGGAGGUGAGCAGGGACCGUCCCCCAGGACCCGUCCCCCGGACUCAGGUGCUUACAUUCCCUGGCAGAGGGCCCAUGUCACCCAGAGACCGGGCCACCAAGGAGGAUGUGUUCAGGGUGGGACUCCUGGGACCCUGUCUCCUGCAGCACCUCCGCUUUGGGGACACCGAGCUGGGGGCAUGGGACCCCAGGAAGCCGGCCCUGAGCCUUUGACUGGAGCCUGUGGGUCUGGGGACCCUGGGGCAGGCACCAUCGGGGCUUUGGGUGACCACGACCCAUCUCCGUCCCCGAGUCAGUCCAGGCCCCUCUUGGCGGUGAUGUCAUGUCCCCGGGAUCGGUUCCUCUUGGACAGUCUCUGAGUGGACACAGGACCCUCUCCACCUGCCCACCGUCCCCUCCACUUCCCGGUGUCCUGCUCCCUGAUGGUCCCCUCUCCAAGGGUCCCUUCCUGCCUCUGGCUGGGGCCACCCAAGCGCCUCUGCCAUCUUGGAUUCCCGGGUCAACGUCCACCCCAGGGUGAAAGAGGGGCACCAUGCGAAGGCCCAGAGACCCCCGCUUCGAGGGGUGGGAGACGGCACCGCCAGAGAGAGGUGUCUCUCCGGGCCAUCAGCGGGUCCUGCUGUGCAGCCUUGGAUGGGUGGCCCACCCUCUCUGGGCCUUCGUGAAGAAACAGGGCUGUAAUGGACACACACUCAGGGCUUCUGGGCUUGGGCUUGCCCCUUCGACUCCAGGCCUCCAGGCCACGGAGGACACAUCCACUCCGACCUGCACCCCCUGUCCCUUCCUCGGGCUGUGGCCUCCGCCAUUUACCCCCCCCCCCCGACAUAUGCAAUGAGGCCAGGCGGUGUGGCUCUGUGGCCGGGGCCAUGGGACCUUCUCAUAUGCAAUACUUCCCGUGGCUUCUCGUGGGGACGCUCGUCCCUGACUUGACGCUCCCCAGCACCCCUCCCCGGUGACCACCCUGCCUGCAGACGCCUUUUGGGAACGGCCCCUGUGACAUGUCCCC